GAAAAAGAAAAAAAAAUUGGCCAGUCAAAGCACCAAAAAACGCCCACCAACUGUUCGACGAAAUGACGACUACUCCUCUCAGGUUCUUGCUCACCAACGGCGUCGUCUCCAACCCUGCCAACACUCCUCCGGUCACCACCUUCCUCGAGACCCACCCAGGGGCUUACACGACGACUCGCACUCACAACAACGCCUCAUUCGUGUUGUUUUGGGAGAGGCACUUGAAAAGGCUCGCGGAGUCCGUGAGAAUCCUGUACAAUGCCGAUCCUCAGCUUCUUUUCGGACCCAACAAGACUUCGCUUCCAUUACCGUCGUCUCUUGCAGCCAAUUCUCUUUUGCUCCAGUCAAAGGUCAAUGAUUCGAUGAAAAAAGUGCUGCCAAUUGCUUUGGAGGGGAGGAGUGACGGGGAGGAACUGUCGAUUACUACUUUGGUCAGCGGCAAUUUGGGGAAAUUGGGUGAGAGUGGGGACUUGGAGCCUCUUGAUGUGAGCCUUUAUGUUGGGAUUUAUGUGCCUUCUGUGUUUGGUGUCAGAGGAAACGGUGCGCAGUUGGCUGUGGUGGGUCGUGGGAGAGAUGUUGCUGCUGCUAAGUACUCGGAUUGGGUGAGGAUUAGGAAGUCUUUGGAGAGGUUGAGGCCGCCCUCAGGGACCGAGCUCUUGUUGUCCAAUGAUGGUGAUCGGAUUCUUGAAGGCAGCCUGUCAAACUUCUUUGUGGUCCGCCGAAAGCUGCUUUUUCAGGAUGACAAUGAAGCUAAAGACAAAACUAUCCACUGUUUUGAAGUACAGACAGCUCCUAUUAGCAAGGGUGUCCUACCAGGAAUUAUACGCCAACUAGUCAUUGAAGUAUGCUUGAGCAAAGGAAUCCCUUUUCGAGAAGUUGCACCACUGUGGUCAGAGCAUGAAUUUUGGGAAGAGGCGUUCAUUACAAAUAGCUUAAGACUUAUGCAGCAUGCGGAGAUUGUUCGUGCUCCUAGUUCAUGGGAAUCACUGCAUGGUAAUUCAUGGAAGGACAUAUCUUGGAAAGUGAAGCAGUUUGAGGAGGGUCCUGGAAUGAUUACUACAAUACUCCAGAAGGAGAUCAUGGAAAAAGCAAUUUCAGAAGGAUACUCUUUGAGUUGAUUUGCAUAGAAAGGUGGAGGGAUCUUCUUUCUUGUUGAGCAUAUUGUGUGUCUUCACUUCCUAAAGGUCUGCAAUUUGUUUCAUCAAUAGAAUUUCCAUGAUCAGCUUGUCAAGUUAAUAGUUGUAAUUUGUAUCUUAAUGUAAACCAUUCUAAAGCAAUUUUACAUGAUUAUUCAAUCUCUGCCCCACAUAGAAAUGUUUGAUCUCUUUGGAUAGUAGUAUACAUGCUGUGUAAAAUAAUUCUUAUGCCCAGCGCAUAAUACUGCCGAGUUCCUCACAUUUACAAUUUGGCAAAGUAUACUGAGUUUUUGCCAUACUGUAAUGUACGCUUAGUUGAUAACACUGUAAUGUAGACUACUGUGAUACUUGCAUACUCGAUUAAGUUUGUAUUGAUUAUAUUAUAUGAAGAUAUACCUGCAUUACUCA